AUGGAGCCUGGAUAUCAAAACUGGUUGGCUCCCAGACAGACUGCUCGAGCAAGAACUCCAGAAUCAGCCGUUCAGAUACCCCCUGGUCUCCAUCUUUCUGCUCGUCGUGGUCCAGAAGUAGAACUAUACGAUGUAACUGGUGUGCAUCUCCUGGCUUCUGCAGAUUCCGCUAACCCUGGUGGUGCAACUCCUCACAACAAACGCACCAACAAAUGGCGCUCAUUUCUGUUUGGGAGACACCCCAGCCAGUCUCAGGGAACUUCACCGGUGGUUCUAACCAAUGACAAAGCUUCCGAAAUGAAGUCGGCUGGUCCUUCAGAUUAUACCCUCGGAAGAUUACCCACAAAGGCUUCCCAUGGAGAUAGCCUAAACCCUGUACGACAAGGAUGUAAUACUUCGUUCACAAAUCCCGCGUUCAACUCGUACAAAUUGUCCCUGUUUGACCGCUGCGCGCAUCACAGUAUUGAAAACCUUCCAAGUGAGCAUCGAAACUACUAUAAGCACUGCUUCACUCUGAUACAUCAUCGUGCGGAGACAAGCAUCAUUCUGGUCCUCACUCUACUCAUAUCUUUAGCACAAUCACUUUUUAUUCUCCUUAACACAACUUUCGAACAAAUUGGGUCUACAGGAUUAUCAUUCACGGCUUUGGAACUAGGUCGUCUUGCUUUGUUUUCUCUAUCCGGUCUCCUUGCCCUGUUUGGCAUUAUUUGCGUGAACUGGCAAUGCUCGUCGCCGUCCAUCCAGAGACGUUCGCAACCGGUUUCGGGUUCUUCAUCGUUAUCAUCGUCAUCACCCAAGGAGGUUAGUGGCGAUAGUCAACGACAAAUGGCCUAUCACCUGGCUCAUUUACUUGCAGCCCAACGAUUCGACAAGCGAUUACGAGCCACAUACAUCGCGGUCUAUCUGAGCUGUUUGUGCCUUGCCUCGGCUAUGCUUCCAUGGUUUACUUUGUCUGAACUGUCUGUUGCAUCCACAGAAAGUGGUGCUAUUUCCACGAUGUGGUAUAAAUACAACUGCACGGGUACAAGUAUCGCCUUUCUCAAUAACUCCGGAUCGACAAAUAUUUCCAAUCCACUGUUGCAUUUGACUACAUGGCAUAUCAGAGCGUCCGAUGCACUGGCUCCGGCCGAUUCUAUUUGGGUUGUGCUGUGGAUUACGGUCGCAGUGCACGGCUUGCUAGAUUUGGAUCGUCUUUGGUCUCGGCGUCUUCCUUACGCGUUUACGGUCACACUGGCUGUAGUUCAUCUGAUUCUGACCAAUGUGUUUCAUAUGCUCACCCAAUCGAGUCCCGUAUUGCCUUCCAGUCGCGCGUCAUCGGAUGCUUAUUCCGGUGCGUGUUCUUCAAAGGAUUAUCCUUUGUCGAUUUUCAUGAUGGACCGUGCUAGCUGGUGGGAUAACCCGGCCAGUCUCAUGGGAAGACAGAAUUUGGCUUCUCUGUUGGCCUUGGUCGCCGCGCAUCUAGUUGGCCAGUUACUCGCCCGCUGGACUGUUCGGCAUCGUUACGGACUGUUCAUUUUGGCUAGCCACUGUCAGGCCAAACUGGAUCGUCUCACCACUACCGAGGAUAAACUGAUACAACUGUCUAAAACCCUGGUCCCUAUAUCGUUAGCCAAAGAUCUUGCACAAGACUUUGUUGCUGGCAAGUGGAUCCCGUUCUCAUCUUUAACCCGAGCGCUACUCUUAUAUCUCAUCUAUCUGAAUAUGACGGCAAGCGCUUUAGAGGAGCAAUGUGGAAAUAGUGUUGAACUUGUCGGUCUACCCACAGUGGCCUCUGUUGUGGCUAGUGCCAGUUCGGGAACUGUCGGUUGUCAACAAUUUGUGGCCUUUCUGAAUGAUAUCUUUGGAUGUUUCGACCGAUUGGCUCGUACAGAAGGAUGCUAUCGAACCCGACUGAAUGCGAUUGAGUACAUGUGUAUUGCUGGCUAUCCAGAAACGCGAGUUGAUCAUGCUCGAUCGUGUGUGGAUUUUGGAUUGGCCAUGCUUAAAACAGUCAAUGAGUUGGCCCAAAUGACCAAUAUGCAAUUGGAACUGCGAGUGGCUGUCCAUACGGGCACAGCCUACGCGGCCGUUCUCGGUCGCAGUCGUCUCGGGUUCGAAUUGACCGGGACCGAUGUGGACUUUGUCAGUCAACUGCGCCAACUGGCCAAUCGACCGGGUCGUGUGCUCACCUCCCGUGCCACAUUCGGUCAGCUACCUGAAGGAUUUCGUGGUGAGCCGGGUCCCACAGUUCCAUUUCCGGGGCCGACGUUGACUCCGUCCUACGAUUCUCCAGCUGUCUCGACUGACCACGUGACUCAUAUGGUGGAUACAUUUUUCGUGCAGCCGCGAGUGGAGAGUGCAACCAAAUCAAAUGGAGCCAUUUUCUUCCAAGUUAUCGAUAUCCAAACCACCCAGUGUGAUCAAAUUCCAGACGAUUACGGUACCUCCUAUUGGCUUACCGAGAAAUCAAACGUAUUUUAA